AUGUUAUUGGUUGUUAUGUGUUCUGCCUAUGAUUUUGCUGCUCUGUUGGUUUUUAUUAUUGUAGUUGAUGUCAUUGUCCUUCUUAUAGCUGCAGGGAUUAGUGGUAAGGAAGUUGCUACUGUUGAUACUGGCUUGGUUUAUAGCUGCCAUGACAUGUGUUUGUUUCUUGUUGUGAAGUAUAUUGUUUAUGGUGUGCCAAAUGAUGUCUAUAAUGUUCAUGAAUUUGUUGAUAGUUUUCUGAGGCAUGAUAAUUAUGUUGUUUUUAGACCAAUUGAUAAAACAAUUAUAAGUGUUCUCCCUGAAUUUUAG